GGGGAAGACGGACCAAUGGAGAGGCGAGCUGGGGCAGGCCUGUCCAAUGGGACGGCGCGGCGCGUGUCACGUGCGCGCGGGCAGGGGAUCGGGAGGCGGGUGCUGUGUAAAUGCGCGAGCCGCCGCCGCCAGCCCCGCACUCGCGACUCGAGCCAUCUUUGUAUUGUUCCCGUAGCGGCUCAGCGCUCUCCCCGGCACCAGCUCCAGCACCGCACAGUUACAAGCAUGUCAGACAGCAAGCUGGAAAUCAAUGUGGAGCGAAGCCCCAAGGACUUGAAGAAAACUCAAGAGGUAGAGCCUGAAAAUGGCAAAGGUGACGCACCAGCCAAUGGAAAUGCUGGGAAUGAAGAAAAUGGAGAAGAAGUUGAAGAGAAUGCAGAUGAGGUAGAUGAAGAAAGUGAGGAUGUUGGUGAAGAUGAUGAGGAGGAAGAGGAUGAAGAAGAUGAGGAGGGCGAUGAUGAUGAAUGUGAGGGGGCCGCACAGAAGCGGGUGGCUGAAGAUGAAGAGGAUGAUGUUGCAAAGAAGAAGCAGAAAACAGAUGAUGAAUAAGCUGUAUUUUCAUCCACAUUCCCCCUUUUUUUUCUGUUGGAAAAACUUGGUCAUCAUCACUAAGUAGAGUGUACACCAGUGCAAGUCACCUGCAGAAUUUUUAAAAUAAAAUUACUAAGACUUCAUGGCCCUACUUCUUUCUUAAAAUCCUAAAGGAGAAUUUGUUUGUAUUUUUAUUUACAUUUUAUAUUUUUGUACAUAUGGUUAGAGGUCAGCCAAUUUAAACAGUGAUCUCUGGUGACCAAACAGGGCUUUGAAGUUCUUCAGUAAAACUGACUUUACUGGUGGUUUGACCAUGUCUUCGCCACAUUAUUUUAAAGGUAAUCUGUAAAAACAAAAUUAAUUUUGAGCAUUCCAAUAACUGUAUGUACUUUAGCUGUACUAUAAGUAGUUGGUUUGUAUGAGGUGGAAAGGCCAAAGAUCAAGGUUUUUUGUCUAAAAUACUGUCCAUUGUGGCCUGUUGUAUGUGUGAAAAGUUUGUUGUCCACAAUAAACCGGAAUUUUAUUUUGCUGA